AAAAAAAAGAGGAAAAUUGACGAACGACUACUGAGAUAUUUUAUUCAGACAUGGUAAAUGUCACCAAGGGCAUCCUGGUCGAAUGAUAUUUCUAUACGAUACAAUUGUAGAAACUGCAUUUUUAGUGAUGCAGCUAUGAAACAGUUUCUUCUUCACCUGGAUGAUACAAGUGCAUUGGGAAAGAAAUUCAUAAUUCAAGAUCUGGACGAGAGACACCUGUUUAUAUCUGCUGAUAUAUUGGAAACUUUGCAAGCUAAAGUGGAUGAUCUGAUGGAUCAGAUAUCCUUCCCAUUGGCGGAGAAAGGAAUGUGAAUGCAAAGAUUAGGCAAAAGAAA